AUGAGAUUGAGUUCCACGAAUAUGCAAGCUAGAAAGAUGCUAUUUGCUGCUAUUCCAUCUAUUUGUGCAUUAAGUUCGAAUAAGAUAUCAAUCUAUAAUGAAGAAAUGAUAGUAGCUCGUUGUUUUAUAGGCUUCAUCAUAUUCAGUCGGAAGAGUUUAGGUAAUACUUUCAAAGUCACUCUCGACGGGAGAAUCCAGGCUAUUCAGGAAGAAUCGCAGCAAUUCCCCAAUCCUAACGAAGUAGUUCCUCCGGAAUCUAAUGAACAACAACGAUUACUUAGGAUCAGUUUGCGAAUUUGUGGCACCGUAGUAGAAUCAUUACCAAUGGCACGCUGUGCGCCUAAGUGCGAAAAGACAGUGCAAGCUUUGUUAUGCCGAAACCUAAAUGUUAAGUCAGCAACACUUCCAAAUGCCACUUCUUCCCGUCGCAUCCGUCUUCAGGACGAUCUAGGCACAAAGUUUCACUUAUUAGUUAGGAGGAGAUUUAUCCCCCAGUGUAUCUCGAAAGCAGAAAAAAUAGAACUCAUUCGAGAGAGCUUGGUGGUCUUAAGAAUGGUUCGGGUGGGGGGUUCUCUUAAGAAUAAAUAA